AUGUCUCCUCUCAGUCGAUCAGCCUCAAGUCCAAAACUACGGUCGUCUUUACAAGCCGGACACCAUGGAAGCACUUCCUUCGUCCCCGGCGCUGGCAGAAAUGUAGCGCACUGCGUUAAAGGACCGAUCGACUUCAGCACGAACGAGUUGCGUUUUGCCGCCGCACUUCCACCUUCACCUUGUCUGCGUGGACACCUUUCUGGGACAUCACGCACAAGACUUUCCACUCGAACGCCCACAGCCAUUCCUCCGCCGAACUUCUCCGGCCUUACCUCUCGCUGUGUCGCCCGAGAGAUCUUGCCGCCUUGGCAAGUAAUGAGAGCACACGUUGGAGAGAGGCGGUCAACAACGCUUUCACCUCCGAGAUCGCAUUCAGGGUCUCCUAUUAUUCCGCAUUCGCUGUUCAGGCGCACCACACGACAUUGUGAGGACCGAGACGAAGAUUUGGUGUUGGCGAGCACUAUUGCUACUGCUGCCAACGUAGAAAAGAGGGAAAGCGGGAAAGACAAGCCCUGGACGCUGCUCGGGAUCUCGCGGACAUCAGUUCCACAGGGGGAAGUAACGGUGCCUCUUGCAGGUAGGAUUACUGGUAAGACAAUUGGAAACAGCUGGUCACUGCCAGAGGAUAGAGAAGCACCAAAUCAGGGAAUGCGGAAAGGAGGAGUAAGCCGGCAUGAGGCGGCGAGGCGGGAGAUUAUCAGCAGUGAACGUCGUCGAGACAUCGGAAGAGGAACUUCUAUAUCAGGUACACUGACCGAGAGGGAUCUAGGCACACGCCUUUUCCGUCUUAAUCGAUUUUCGUCCCGCGUGUCGGUGCCUCUGGCUGUGGAACCAGUGGUAGCCUCCUCAGCUGUGUCUCGGACCGGGGUUUCUUGCAGCUCGUGGCGUGCACCGCCCUGCAGCAUCCGCACGUCAACCGUCCGCAGGUCUGCUCAACUAGGAGUUUGUUCGUCGGCUGUCCACGCAUCUGUGAACUCCCUUCUUACAGACAUCCACUACACACGAGAGACCACGUCAGGGGCGGCAGCGGCGUUAGUCCGAGAAGCUGUGCAGGUUCAGUCCUUCGUCGACACACCGCUCACCACUUCGGGAGAACUCGCACGAGGGGACUUUUACUCGGGACGAUACAGAGAAUCUGUCCGAGGUACCGCGUCCAGAUCAAGGCGAAGGGACCGUCUACCCUGGGUCCCCGAAAGCCGCGUGCUUCCUCCUGUGCCUGAAGAAAGACUCCGAUCUGGACGCAUCGUGGCAGCUCCAUCUUUGGGAAGAGGGACAUGGGUCUCUCCGUUCUCUUGCAGCAGAAACAGCAACAUGAAUCGAGGCACAUCGCGGCGACGGGAUACCCAUGAGGGUACCGACCGGCACGAGGCAACGCGGGGGGCGGCGUUGUCAUCGCGGCGUGGAGGCACUUCUGGUUCUUCGUCUCUCGUUCUGCCUAGCCCGUCGUCCGUGGGCCGCCUUCUCGACCAGGCGGGUGUGUCUGAUCUCGAAGACGACCUUGUAUUCCACAUGUGGCUCGAGCAAGAAGCUGUCCUCGAGCGCGCCUUACCCCUCCAGGAUAUGUUGGCAGGAGAAGAGGCGCUCGAACGUGCGUUAAUCGCCUCGAUGACAGCCGUCGGGCGCAGAGACCUUGACCAGUUCCUUCUUAUGCUGCAGCAGCCGCUGCUCCUUCUGCAUCAGAGUGGUCGGUGGAGAAGCGCCGGAUUUGCAGGUGGGACUCCGAGGACGGGAGGGUGGGCGCGUCUGUGGGGGUUCGACAGCGCUGUUCGCGUGGCGGGGGGAUCGGUACGCCCUGACGCAGAGAGAAAUCAGCCUCUGUCAGAAGCGGAGAUUUCGAGGAGCACGCGCCGGUGGACAUUCACACGUGCGGCAACGGAAAAUAAGAAGGGAGAAGACGGAACAGCUCAGAAGAGUACCGAACGAAACUUGUUUGCCCCAACGACUGGUGAAGACAGCUUAGCCCCGCCACGCCGUCAAACGGCAGCUCGCAGCUGGUCUGGGAAUUUGUCUAGACCAGCAGCGCGCUCGUCAUACAGUAAACAAGGUCUGAAAUCUCCCCCGAUGCAGCCAGGCAUAGCGGCACAGCCGCCAGUACCUCCCGGAGCCAUCGGAAGUCGAGAGUCUGCCUCUGGAGGAUCCACGUCUGCUCAUUCGAAAGACAGUUCAGGGAGCCUGCUUGCGUCGUCCGGUGCAUCAGCCUCACGGAAUAUCGGCGGAGGGCGCACAUCGACCGACAUGUUGACAGGGAAUACGAAGCGCGAAGAGCUGGGACCCACCGGGGACAGCAAUCGCUGCUGCUGCAUCUGCCUAGCGGAGUACCAAACAGGAGACGACAUGAUGACGCUGAGGUGCAUGCACAUGUUCCACUACGACUGCGUCCAUGACUGGCUCGUCCACAGCGGCCGCCGAACGUGCCCCCUCUGUCUCGUGGCAAUCAAAGAAGGCGAGGGAAAGGGGGAGGAAGACUUCAUAGCCACGGAAUCGACGCCGAGAUACAGACAGCUUGAGGGCGAUGGGGAACGUGUGGGUGCGAAUAUCAGGCGUGAGACAGUAGAGGAAACGGGAGAAGGCUACGAGGACCCACGAGAGGAACCGUAA